UAUUGCUAUGAUCUGAAUGUUGAGUCUGUGUCAGUAAUCAUUACCCGGUUUGAUUGGCAGAACGCUGCUUUGGCCCGGGGGUCAUGACAUCAGAGAGCAACAAAGGACGUACAUAUAUAUAUAAAAUAUAAACUCCCAUUCAAUUACUGUGGAGCGGGAGAGGGAAUCCUGCCACACGUCAAGAAACCUCACCAGCAAACAAAAAAGGCUUGCUGUAAUCACCCACACACCCUGGAUUUUAUACAUAAUAAAUAGCAUAUCUAUAAGGGCGAUCCUGUCAGGAAACGGUGGAGCUUUCUUAAUCGUUUUGGCGUUAUCAGCCAGAUUUGCACUUGGAUCAUACGCUCUGGAUUCUGUUCCCCUCUUCCUCUAUAUGUGUUGGUCGUUUUCAGUCUGCACUGGAGAUCCUGUGUGAGAUCGGUUGGUGCCUGAGGUCGGAGAGAGGCUGAAAAGUGCGGAAUUGACAGAGGGGUAAUGCGAUCAGCACAGGUAGUCCCCGUCCGAACGCGGGACUCACCGGCACGCCGGCCCCGGCUUUAGAGGCUGGUGUGUGCCAGAGAAAGCGAGUGCGUGUGAGAGCGGAGUCACGUCCCGGGCACUUGGUGAACUGUGGGGAAAUCAACCUCCGGUGGACGGGAGAACGACCGAAAAGGGAAAAAAAAGGAGACACGAUGACGGCCGGGAGACGAUCUCUGAUGGUGCUCUUCCUCUGUCAAGUUCUCUUUGGAGGCUCGGCCGGGCUCAUCCCCGAGAUCGGCCGCAAGAAGUUCGCCGAGCACCAAGCCAACUCGAAAGGGACGAGUCCGCUCCAAACCGAAGGCAUGCUCCAGGAGUUCGAGUUGCGCCUGCUCAACAUGUUCGGUCUCCGGCGCCGCCCUCACCCCGGCAAGAAUCCGGUGAUCCCGCAGUACAUGGUGGAUCUGUACAAGCUGCACGCCGGCGAGGAAGCUCAGCACCACGAAGGCACAUCGGUCCUGUCCCAUUUCCCCGAGAAACCAGCCAGCCGCGCCAACACAGUCAGGAGCUUCCACCACGAAGAACUAAUGGAGGAGUUGCCUGGAGCCAGAGGAGAAACAACCCGUCGCUUUUUCUUUAAUUUGAACUCUAUACCGAAGGAGGAACUCAUCACCUCAGCAGAACUGCGGAUCUACCGUGAACAGGUGCGAGAGGCCUGCCUGAAUGCCAGCGGUGGUUACCAUCGCAUCAACGUUUAUGAGAUUCUCAAGUCAACGGCGUCGUCUAGCCGCGAUCCAAUCACGCGGUUGCUGGACACAAAGCUGGUGCGCCACAAUGCGAGCCAAUGGGAGAGCUUUGACGUCAGCCCUUCCGUAAUGAGAUGGACCGUACAGGGCCAGCCCAACCAUGGGUUUAUGGUGGAAGUCAUCCACUUGGACCAGGAGUGCAAACAUUCAAAGGGACACGUCAGGGUCAGUCGGUCUUUGCACCAGGAUGAGGAAAGCUGGCCCCAGAUGAGGCCUUUAUUGGUGACGUUUAGUCAUGAUGGCAAGGGACACACUCUUGAGAAAAGAGUGCGGCGCCAGGCCAAACACAAGCAGAAGAAGAGACUCAGGUCCAGCUGCAAGCGACAUCCUUUAUACGUGGAUUUCAGUGAUGUGGGGUGGAAUGACUGGAUAGUGGCACCUCCAGGAUACCAUGCUUUUUACUGCCAAGGGGAGUGCCCGUUUCCACUGGCAGACCACUUAAACUCAACAAACCAUGCUAUUGUGCAGACAUUGGUGAACUCUGUCAAUGCAAACAUUCCCAGGGCGUGUUGCGUCCCAACAGACCUUAGUCCCAUCUCAAUGCUUUAUCUUGAUGAACACGACAAAGUUGUAUUAAAGAAUUACCAGGAUAUGGUUGUGGAGGGUUGUGGAUGUCGUUAAAGCAGGAAAAAUUAUCAGAGAACAAAAAAACUUGACACUUUACUCUUUCCCAAUGAAGACACUAUUUAUAUAAAAAAAAUUAACAAAAUAGGAACAUCUAUUUUGAAAAUAUAUUUAUGUCUACUUAAAAAGAAAUUGGGAAAAUAAAUAUUUUAAUCAGAGAAUUGUUCCUUUUAAAUGAUGUUUAAUUGUAUUUCAGAUGUACAUGUUUAUAUGGGUUUAACCCCCAACAUAUGAAGUAUAAUGGUCAAAUUCUUAUUUUGUAUUUAUUGCUAUUGUAACCACUUUUAGAAAAUAGCUAAUUUGUAUUUAUAUGUAAUCAAAGAUAAAUAUAGGGUUUGUACAUAAAUCGUCAAUCCACAUCUGUCUGAAGUAUAUAUGGUUGAAAGAAAACUUGCAGUGAAACCUUUUUUCUCAGCUGGGGGCAGGCAAACUAAGACUCUAAAAUGUUCCAGAACGUGUACCAACGUGAGUCCCAUCUUUUCAAAGUGUUUUCUGACAUGUGGCACAUUAAAAUUUUUGGCAUAGCAAUCUUGAAAAGCUUACCGAUAAUAAGAUGAAGGGUUUAGGGAUUGGAAUGCAUACAAAAGUAAUUGUAGCAAUGUCUAAAUAGCAAACAGUGUAAAAUAACACUGGGGCUGCUCCUUGUAGUUUACAGGUGGUUAAAUUAGAUAGAGGCCAGAGGCAAAAUGGACCCGUUAUUCAACUUCUAGUGAGAUCAAGCGUGAAUGCUUGGAAAAAAUCUUAAAGCCCACCUUUAAAAGGAAGAAAAUCUACCAACAGAAGUCUUCAAAAGCAAAUGCCAACCCGGUUCAGUGGUAAUACACAGGUCACUGAAGCAGUAAGUCAUGAGUUCAAGUACCUGUUCAGGUCUUGUGCACAUUGCUUGACUAUAUUUAGAGAGUCCUGCAAAGUUGGAGGUUCUGCCUUUCUGAUUUAGUCCUUAGACUGAGGUCCACCACCUUACUCGAGUGAAUGUAAAAUGUCCUAUAACACCACUUAUGAAAAGCAGGAGCAUUCUGUUGGUGUCCCACCCAACAUUUCUUCUAGAUUAUUUCGUCAUUUGUCUCAGUGUAAAAUAUAUUUGCCUCUGCAACAACAAUUCCAAUAAUCCAACAGUAAUUUAAUGAGCAGGCAAUGCUUUGAGACAUUCUGAAAACUUUUAAAGACCGUAGAAUACUAAUUUAUCCUUUGUUGUCUGCACUAGUUGCUUGCAUGUAGAACCCCUUUUUUGAAAUUCAUUUCCAUUGAAGGAAAUUUCAGACCCACAGUCAGAUUCAACUCUCAUUCCCCUCUUUCAUGAAAACGCUUUAGUUUGCUCCCUCUAUGGGACUUAUUAAGGUACCUAAUAUUUGUUUUGCUCCAUUUUAUUGAAAAUAUACAAAGCACAAUAAACUAAUGACCACACUGCAACAAUUAAACAUCUCAAAUUAAGCAAAUGCACCUUCUGUAUUUAAAAUAUGAAACACAUUUCUUGACCACAAAUUGGCUCAUUAUUUAUACUGGAAAAUAGUGUAAAAUGGUUAUAAUAUUUAUGUCUGAUACUAAUUGAGGGCAGUUAGAUAUAAUUUAUAAAUAUUUUAUGUUUUACACCACUAGAAUUUCAUAAUCAGGAGGUAUGACCACAUUUGCAACCUAUGGAAAGCCUUAAAAUGAAAACUUUUUCAAAGUACUUCGAGCCAAAGGUACACCGGAAGUAAAUUUACCAGGAAUUCAUUAAUAUUUACCAGAAAGGAAAAACAGCAUGGAAAGCAGAUGCACUGUUGCUUCCCAUACUUUUGUUCUCCCCAACCACCACAGCCCACCCCUUUCAUUCUCAUUGAACACCUGACCCUUAUCAAGCUCAUCAGAUAUUCUUUAAGAUAGCAAUUCCUUACAUCUAACAGCAGAAACACACAAAAAUAGUUCUGAUAUUAUGAAGCAUUAUUUUUUUCAGAGAAUACAAUCUGAAUGAGUCACCAAGAAGGUUAACAUCACCUUUUGACCCUGUCACAAAAGUGAUUGCUUAUCUACACAAAAUAACCUCUUUGAGUGGACGCAUUUAUCAGCUGCCUUGUUUACCAUGAACUUUAGUGCUUCCACAAUUUACCUUCAACCUUAAACAUCUCUAAACACAGAUUAAACAAUUAAAUGCAACUCAGUGCCAUUUCAGGUGUCUUCGUACAAGGCCUUAAGAUAAUUUAUAAUUUUGACUGCUUCGCUUGCCAACAAGUAUGUCUUUUACUUAUGUGUUAACUGGGGAACUAAUUUUGUAGCUUUGUCUGCUACCUGCUGAAUAUUUCAUCUGAUUCAUCUGCAGCUCUGAAGAAGGCUCACGAUGAAAUAGUCAAUGCUGCUCAACCAGCAAUUUUCAAUGCUUUUACAGGGUUUUGUACAAAACUUUACACUUGGUGGCUUUUGAAGGGGUGCUCACACCCAUCCUGAAUGGGAUAAACAUAUGCAAAUCAAUUCAGGAUCUCAAGCUUUGGAUAUUUUGUUUGGAUGAUUGUUGGGAGGCCAAAUUUCUUCCUUGCGAUCCCCCAUCCCAACUCCUGUGCAUUCUCUUGCGUUUUAUGAUAAAGCUAUUUUCAAUUUCGGUUAAUUUCUGUUCAAUAGUCCAAGACUCAUAAGUGUGAUGGAUAGAUUUUAGAAGCAAACUUCCGCUGUUAAAUGGGAAUCAACAGAGAGAAUUUUACUUAGAUCUAGAAGAUUUCACUAUCAUCCUGAAUUGUUUCUAAUAUAGAUUGCAGGGAACAAUAGUUUAAUUGGAAAGCUUGUUUAUAAGAUUAUGAUGCAUAUUUCUGCCAGUAGCCCAGUUGAUGAACGUGCAACUGAGUCCCAAGAGAUCAAAAUGAUCCCAGGUUUGAUAUUGGCCUGUGUGAAGUUUGCUAAUCUCAAUUGAGGUGGCAGCAUGAAUGCUGAAGUGGCCUCAUUAGUUCUGGGUUAGAAAGGGGAAAACUCUACACUUGCUGAUCAAUGCCACCUUUCAGUGAUCCUAGAAUUGAAGAGCUUAUAAAGGAUGCUAUUUUGGGUUUAAAUGAAGUUCCAGACCCAAAUUUAGGUGCAGGUAGCAGCUGUAGGAAGAAAAAUUGGCAAGAUGAAUUGUAUUCUUGAUAACUGUGAAGUACUUGCACCCUGAUAUCAAAUAAUUAAGUCAGAAGUGUGUAGUGGUCCCCAUUAACAGCAGAAGAAGUGAAUGUUGCUUAUAGCGGAAUACAGAGUUGAGCCAUGGAAGAUGAGGAGAUGUCCCAAGUCUAUUGCCAGGACUGUGCUAUUUGGUUAUUUCAGUAGAUGGGACAGUAAGGAUUCCGUAACAGUGACCAGAUAAUGUUUUUGUUGCAUUGUAUCUAAUUG